UUGACACACUCAGCCAUCACACAGGGGAAUCACUCAAAGAGCUGACGGAGUCACCAAAAGGUCUGAAGAAGUCUACUUGAUUGAACAAUUUGAACCAUCCUAAGAUGAAGACAUUCAGUGUUGCAGUUGCAGUGGCCGUCGUGCUCACCUUUAUUUGUAUUCAGGAGAUCUCUGCUGUCCCAGUCACUGAAGUGCAAGAGCUGGAGGAACCAAUGGGCAUUGAGAAUCCGGCUGCUGAACAUGAGGAGACAUCAGUGGACUCAUGGAAGAUGCCGUAUAACAACAGACACAAACGUGGCUUUAAGUGUCGCUUUUGCUGCGGCUGCUGCACCCCCGGUGUCUGCGGAUUGUGUUGCAGAUUCUGAGGAUUCCUGCUCCAACAACUACUG